AUGUGCUAUUUUCUCACCGGUCUAGCCGACGAGGCCCUCACGGUGAAACUUGGAGAGGAGGCCCUGGCCACCUUCGCCGAGGUGCUUCAGAARGCGAAGAAAGUCAUCGAUGGACAGGAGCUCCUYCGAACYAAAACCGGCCGACCAGAACRAAAKAUCGGCCRRGGCAGAAGUGGAAAAGAUAUAGARARGGCAGAUCCMAAGUCCAAGGACAAGGGAUCCUUUUCCAGCGGCCGAGCUGAGUAUCGGAGGGCGRAGAAYGGACCUACCAGGAGYCGACCUUACGAACGCUUCACCCCGACCACGAUUCCAAUUUCCGAGAUCCUAACGAACAUCGAGGAGUCUGGAAUGGAAAAACUACUCAAACGUYCUGAGAAGCUUCGGGGAGCYYCGGAGAGGCGCAGCAAGGACAAGUAUUGUCGCUUCCAUCGGGAGCACGGCCAUAACACGUCGGACUGCUGGGAGUUGAAGCGCCAAAUUGAGGAUCUAAUUCAAGAUGGCUACUUCAAGAAAUUUGUGGGAAAGCCCAGGACCAGCUCGGCAGAGAAAAAGGAAGAGCGGAAGCGUUCGAGGACGCCGCCCCGGUGCACUGACCAACCUGCGGUCAUCAAUACCAUUUUCGGAGGGCCAAGCGGGGGUCAGUCCGGACAUAAAAGAAAGGAGUUAGCUCGUGCAGCCAGGCGCGAGGUGUGCGUCAUCAGGGAGCAGAGGCCGACCUGCUCAAUCACCUUCGACGGUGCAGACUUGAAGGAGGUCUACCUGCCCCACAAUGGUGCACUUGUGAUCGCUCCCUUGAUUGAUCAUGUGGUGGUCAGGAGGGUGCUG